AGGUCAUCUUAAAGGUGGGCGUCAGUGGGCGGGGCCACUGCAGCUCCGGUCCAAAGCCAGACGUUUGCAUGAGAAGGAGUGAAAGUUUAGAGAGAAGGAGAAGAAACAGCUGACUUUGGGCUUUGGUCUGUACACAGUGUUACUGCAGCCUGCAGGAGCACACAGCCUCAGGAGGGACAAGAAAACUCCAACCAAAAUGCUGUCCACCCAGUGUCUGCCCUGCUGCACAGUCAUUCUGUUAGUGCUAUUCGAGCUGGCUCUUGCCCAGUACGAACACCUCGGCUACCCACCGGGCUACCCUGACCCAGAACAGGAACACUACAUCGCCCCCCAGCUGUCGCCAGACACGCCCAGGAUUCAGCUCCGAUUAGCGGGGGAUAAGAGGAAACAUAACGAGGGUCGCGUGGAGGUUUUCUACAACAAUGAAUGGGGCACUGUAUGUGAUGACGACUUCACUAUCCACGCCGCUCAGGUGGUGUGCAGGGAGCUGGGCUACCUGGAAGCCAUCUCAUGGUCACCAUCCUCAAAAUAUGGGAAAGGACAAGGACCCAUCUGGUUCGACAAUCUUCACUGCACUGGCAAGGAAAAGACCCUUGCGCUGUGUCCUUCCAACGGGAUCGGUGUUUCAGACUGCAAACACAGUGAAGACGUGGGCGUGGUCUGCAGCGACAAGAGAAUCCCGGGAUUUAAGUUUGUCAACACCCUGCCCAACCAUGUAGAGAACCUUGAUAUUCAAGUUGAGGACGUGCGCAUACGAGCCAUCCUGUCGUCGUACCGUAAGCGAAUCCCUGUAACAGAGGGCUAUGUGGAGGUCAAGGAUGGCGGUAAAUGGAAGCAGAUCUGUAACACCGAGUGGACCCAGCUUGACAGCAGAGUCAUCUGUGGCAUGUUUGGCUUCCCCGGGGAGAGGAAGUACAAUGCCAGAGUCUACAAGAUGUUUGCUCGCCGGAGAAAGCCCACAUACUGGGACUACGCUGUUAAUUGCACUGGCAAUGAAGCCCAUCUGUCUAGCUGUAAACUGGGUCAGGCUUCAUCACUGAAGUUGAAUGGGACCUGUGCUGGAGGGUUGCCUGUAGUGGUGAGCUGCGUGCCCGGUAGAGACUUUGCCCCAACGUCCAUGACGGGAUUUAGGAAGGCCUUCAGACAAGAGCAACCGUUGGUUCGUCUUCGUGGUGGGGCCAUUGUAGGUGAGGGCCGAGUGGAGGUGUUGAAAAAUGGAGAGUGGGGCACCAUAUGUGAUGAUAGCUGGAGUCUGCUGUCUGCCACCGUGGUGUGUCGAGAGCUGGGCUUCGGUACAGCCAUAGAGGCCCUGUCUGGAGGUCGCCUGGGACAAGGAAUGGGCCCAGUGCAUAUGAAUGAGGUGCAGUGCACUGGAUUUGAGAAGUCCAUCACAGAGUGUGUCUUCAACAAGGAGGCUCUUGGUUGCAGCCAUGAGGAGGAUGCAGCCGUCAGAUGCAAUGUUCCUUCUAUGGGCUUCCAGCAGUCGCUGCGUCUGAGUGGAGGUCGUAACCCCUACGAGGGCCGUGUGGAGGUGCUGGUGGAGAGGAAUGGUUCCCUGGUGUGGGGGACAGUGUGCAGUGAAAGCUGGGGAACCAUGGAGGCCAUGGUGGUCUGCAGACAGCUGGGCCUGGGCUUUGCCAGCAACGCUUUCCAGGAGACUUGGUAUUGGCCAGGAGAGGUGAGUGCCGACAAUGUGGUGAUGAGUGGCGUUCGCUGCUCUGGUACUGAGAUGUCUCUGUCCCACUGCCUGCACCAUGGAGCCCACCUCAGCUGCGCUAAAGGAGGCGGACGCAACGCCGCCGGAGUCUCCUGCUCUGAGACGGCUCCUGACCUGGUGUUGAACCCUCAGGUGGUGGAGCAGACCACCUACAUGGAAGACAGGCCUAUGUUCAUGCUGCAAUGUGCGCACGAGGAGGACUGUCUGUCCUCCACCGCCAACCAGGUGCCGGCCAACUCCUACCGCCGCCUGUUGCGCUUCUCCUCCCAGAUCCACAACAACGGCCAGUCUGACUUCCGGCCCAAAGCUGGCAGACACUCGUGGGUGUGGCACGACUGUCACAGGCAUUAUCACAGCAUGGAGGUGUUUACCCUAUAUGACCUGUUCUCCCUCAAUGGAACCAAAGUGGCAGAAGGACACAAAGCAAGUUUUUGCCUGGAGGACUCAGAGUGUGAUGAAGGUAUUGAAAAGAGAUAUGAAUGUGCUAACUUUGGAGAUCAAGGCAUCACUGUGGGCUGCUGGGAUACCUACAGGCAUGACAUUGACUGCCAGUGGGUCGAUAUAACUGAUAUCAAACCUGGUGAUUACAUUUUCCAGAUAGUAAUUAAUCCAAACUAUGAGGUACCUGAGUCAGACUACACCAAUAACAUCUUGAAAUGCAGAUGUCGAUAUGAUGGCCAUCGUGUGUGGAUGUACAGCUGCCAUAAUGGUGGCUCAUUAAGCACUGAAACUGAACAGACGUUCCCAGGCCUUCUCAACAACCAGGUGACCCACAGGUAGACAAAGCAGAGGAGAGGAGUCGACUGGCCGACCCCCCGCCAGCCCUCACCUUGACACCAUCUGAAGCCCACCAACCACUACACAUCUCCCUCUGUGGUGGAUUCCACUUGCCAGCCCUGCCCUGGUACAAACCAGCUUUUUAUGUUCGACCCCACACCCUCUUUUCCCACCCAGCUGAAAUAAUAUAUGAUUCCCCCUACUGUCCAAAAAGUGGCAGCUACAGCCUUAGCAACACUUCCAACCUCGCUGGUUAAGAUCAAGAGUGGCGAAGCUCUCCUUCUGCCCUGUGACUUUUGUUUUGGUUUUUGAACAAGUGAUGAAAUAUAUACGUGCCAGAGGCAGGUAUUUUACAAAAGGUACAGCAUUGGGCAAUGUCAUCAAGAAUGUAUCUUCUUUUGAAGUGCAGCACUUUAACAAAACCCUGCUGCAACACUUUUUGUUCAAAGCUCAUCCUGGAGAGGUUGGAUGUCAGUGCCAGGUCGCCUGAGGAUUGAGAGGAAUCAUCAAAAACAACAGCGGUGGUUUGUCUUUGGAAAUAAAUGCAGUAUUAUAUCACUUUUUUUAGGAGUUUCAUAAAGGGCCUUUUACACACUAAAGUACACUUACUGUACACUGAGUUUGUUGCACAGGCCAACUGAGCAUUUAUUUUGCAUGUCUGUUAUUUAAGAUGAAGUUUCACAUCUUCAUUGAGGAAUUUAUGCAAAUAAAGCUGUGGCACAAGCAAGUCCUCAAAAAGCAAA